AUCUUUUCACAAAUUAAAUGCAAACCACCGACCCCCAUCUUCCUCUGUCUCUCGGCCCCCACCAGCUGCUUUUCUCUAUUCUCUUAUUCUUUUUUAAUCAUUCUUCCCCUUAGCAGCAACUAUUCUUCUUCUCUCCUCCUCCUCCUCCUUCUUAUUCACUUCUUCUUCGUAUUCAACUAUUUCAGUCUUAUAGAGCCCAAGCAAGCAGCAGCCAUGGUUCUCAAGACUGAGCUUUGCCGCUUCAGUGGCGCCGAGAUCUACCCGGGUAGGGGCAUCAGAUUCAUCCGCUCCGAUUCUCAGGUUUCUUGUUCCUGAAUUUCAAGUGCAAGAGGUACUUCCACAAAUGGAACCGAAGAAUCGUGAAACCGAAAUCGGUUCGGGUUUGCUCGGUUUAGGACGUUUCGCGUUUCCUCAUUGGAUACGGACGUUUCCAAACCGUUUCCAAAUUAGGAUACGCGUUUCCCGAGCGUUUCCGACCCGUUUCCGUUUCCGUUUCCGAAACGGGAAACGCGGCCAUUUUGGCGUUUCCGUGCAUCAUAGAGAACAAAGAAGAAAGGAAAACAAGAAAGACCACCAAAAGAUCCAGGAGACUACUCAAGGGGGAGGUUGGGCGGCAUCCCCAGGGGUGGUGAGGUUAGAAAAUUGUAGAAACUGCCAGCUCUUGCCACCACUUGGGCAAUUGUGUUCUCUGAAAGAGCUAUAUAUAAGAAAAAUGCCUGGAGUGGUAAAUGUAGGGCAGGAGUUUUAUGGGGAGGGUAGCUUGCCUUUCCCUCGAUUAGAAAUUCUGGAAUUUGAGCGGAUGGACUUUUGGAAGGAGUGGUUUUCCUAUCAACAAGAUCAGGGACUUGAAACUUUCCCUUGCUUGAAAAUGCUUUCCAUCAAAAACUGCUGGAAACUGCAGGGUCGGUUACCUGAGAACCUUCAUUUACUGUCCACGCUUGUGAUUCAUCAAUGUGAGCAGCUAGUGGUUUCAAUCACAAAUUAUAAAAGCCUUUGUGACUUGAAAAUAAAUAAUUGCAGACAGGUGAUCCAUAGAAGUGCUGCUCAGUUUGAGUCACUAGAGGCACUAGAGCUUUCAAGUAUUUCAGAGUUCGUACUCCAAGCAGAGGAAUUUGUGAGAGGGUUGACAAAAACUAAAGAUCUGAAGAUUACAGUUUCUAAGAAGCCGACAUUUUUAAGGGAGAAUGAGGAUAGAUUACUGGAAAACCCGAUUUCUGUUCCUCAUUUCUUCAUAAGCAACUCCCACCUUGUUUUGUUUCAUUACUUAUCAUCACUUCAGAAACUUCACAUAUACGACUGCUCUAGUAUAAUUUCUUUUGAAGAGGUUUGUUUUCCACCUUUUCUUAAAGAAAUAGAGAUUGUGCGUUGCCAUUCUCUUGUAUAUUUCGCAAGAUAUCAGAUUGCCCCACAACUGAGAAGAUUAAGUAUCCGGGUUUGCAAAAACUUUAAAUCAUUAGUAGAGAUUGAAGUAGGAAGUACUCAGACUUCAUCUUAUUGGUCUUCUUCAUCUUCUGCUUCAACUCAUUGCCUGAUGAUGCAAAAGGAGACAUCUAGUCUUGAGGACUUGGCAAUAAAUAGUUGUCCCUCUAUGACGUCCUUAGGCUACCUACUAAUCAGGACGCUUAAACAUCUUCGGAUAUCGGACUGUGCAAAUAUGGAGAAAAUAGUCGAUAGGUUCCAUGAUAACAUUCUUCUUGAAGAAAUUCAAUUAUGGAGAUGCCCAAAUCUUAAAUCCUUCCCGGAGGGUCUAUGCCACCUGACCAAUCUUCUAUCAUUAUCGAUCAUAAACUGUGAAAGUUUUGUUUCCUUUCCCAGAGAAGUGUUUCCAAGAAGCGCCUUCAACUUGAGGAUGAUUGAGAUUUCCAACUGCCAUAAUUUGGAGGGCAUCCCCAAAGGCAUGCAGAACCUGAACUCUCUUCAGGACUUUCAUGGAUUGGCGUCUUUUCUAGAAGAGGGUUUUCCCACCAAUCUAACAAGACUAGUAGUUUGGAAAGUCAAGAAUUGCAAGGCACUGUUGGAGUUGGGAUUGCACAGUCUCACCUCUCUUAGAGAGUUGUAUAUCAGUGGUGAAGAUCCAGAUUUGGUGUCCUUUCCACCCGAGGACAAGAUGACACCACCCCUGCCCAAAUCUCUCAUUCAAAUCACAAUCGCCGACUUCCCAAAUCUUACUAAACUCAGCAAGGGCUUUCAAUUCCUCACCUCUCUUGAAUAUCUUGAAGUAUCUAGUUGUCCUAAACUAGCAUCAAUUCCAGAGGGGGGUUUGCCUCUUUCACUUACUCGACUUUAUGUCAUUCAAUGUCCUCUGCUAAAAGAGAGAUGCAAUCCAAUGAAAGGUAGAUACUGGUCCACCAUAGCCCACAUCCCUUGCAUAACUAAUGGAGACAUGGACAUCCGGUUCUACUCCCUCCAAGAGAGCCGAUCCAGAUUAAGCACAACACAUUCUGUACUUAAAUGUUGUACAACUCCUUACAGCAGUUACUGAAGAAGAAAUUACUAUGCUACGGCAAGCUAGCUAAUUCAGAAACUUCCAAUUUAUGAUGUCAAGACUUAUAAGCCACUGUUAGCGUGAGAUGGUACAUUGUUUCCCAAAUCCCCUAAACGAAGUUUGGAAAGGGAAUUGAAUUCAUUCGUGAGGGCUGCUUCCCUUUUUCAAGCACAGCUUUUGGUCAACUUAGGUCCUCGACUAUAAAACAGAUGCAAAUGGAGUAAAGGACCAAAUUGGUCCUCCAUAGCCACAAGACCUUGCAUUCUCAAGCAUCAAAAUUCUCAUUCUGUUGUCCCAGUGAGACUUCUGUCAAAUUAUAUUCCAAAUUCAAAGAGGUAAUAGUAAAAUGUUCAAAGGUUGGAACCCAUUGCAGCAAGCUAAACUUAAGGGAGGGACUAAGAGAUCGAGAUUUGUGGUGUUAUGUUGCAUACUGGAGUUUGACGCUGGAUCUUUUUUCAGCCAUUGAUCACUGACAGCUGCCAGUUGAGACUUGAGAGUAUUGGCAGGUAAUGAGGUAAUUCACAUGCUAGACGGCAAUGCUAAGGCUGCAUGUUGACUGUGGUGAGAUUUUAGAAGCUUAAAGUGAGAUUUCUCCGAACGAAGUUGAGAAAACGCAGGAGGCUUUAGUAUUGAUCAUGAUCGAGCAAACUUAUUUUGUAGAUGCAGUCUCUUGAUUGUGACUUUGGGUGAUUUCCGGUCCUGUGCUUAAAAGGAGACAGUAAAGAGAUUAUUUGGUAGUGUAUGUGAGAAAGAAUUUGUUUCUUAUCAUUGUAGUUUUUUCUCAUGAAACCUCGGACAACUUCCAAAAGCCCUUCACAGCUAGCUAGCUGCCAUGACAAUUGGAAGCUUCGUGGUAUUUUCACUUAUCGAUUGUGCCUAGAUCUGUUAAUUUGAA